CUGUGUCUAGAGCAGUACUUUAACUCGUGCCUUCAGUUAUGCAUCAUUAAAUUUUUUCACGUUUUUAUAACCAGUAAUUCAUAUUUUACAAAGGAAUAUUUAAUUUUUAUUGCUUUUUUCUCAUAUAUCUUCCAGGCUCCUCGCACUCCACUGCAACGCAGUAUGGACCGAUUAGGCAAGCAACUGUCAGCAAUUUCUAUCUCUGUCAUCAUAAUUAUUAUGUUAAUCGGACUCUUCCAGAAACGUGGCGUUCUCGAGCUCUUUGUUAUCGGUGUUAGCUUGGCUGUUGCUGCUAUUCCCGAAGGCCUUCCUAUAGUGGUAACUGUUACACUCGCCAUAGGUCAGAUGAGGAUGGCUGCUAGAAACGCCAUCAUCAAGAAGUUACCUGCUGUAGAAACGCUUGGUGAGUUUAAAUUGACUAUCGAAGUUUUUAUCCGUUCAUAG